AUGCUUCUCUUCUGCCCCUGCUGCGCCAACAUCUUGACGGUGUCGGCACACCCAGAGACGGGCCGCAACCGGCUCGAGUGCCGCACAUGCCCGUACGAGUACGCCAUUGCGACGCCACUCUUCAGCCGCCGCGAGUUUGUACGCAAGGAGAAGGAGGACGUGUUCGGCGGCCCGGGCGCGUGGGACAAUGCGCAAAAGACCAAGGUGCAGUGCCCGGCAGACGGCUGCGACGGCGGCGAGGCAGCGUUCUUCCAGGUGCAGAUCCGGUCGGCCGACGAGCCGAUGACGAGUUUCUUCAAGGUACUUUUCGGCAGCCAGGUGCUGCAGAUAGUAGGGGUUGGCGAGACAGGCAACAAACUCGCACUCAAUCUCGAAACGCGUCUGCAAGACAUCAGUGGUGGCGCCGUUAGCGGCCGUCGGCAGCGAGGGCGGCUCGUUGUUGCCGAAAGCAGAAGCCAUCGUCGGAGGAGAGAUAUCGUUGUGUGGAUUGUCGGCGUAUUGGGUGAUCUCUGGCUCGGAUUGCGCGCGAUGCUGAGCUGUGCAGGAAUGAAGGAGCUGUGGCAGUUGACGAGACGCGGUGCUCAGAAUUGGCCAAUCAUCGUCACCCAUUCUUUGUCCUUGUUGCACUCAGUCUUGCUUCUUCGUGGCGCCGUCGCUGGUAAAGUCCACGCCCAGCCCCAGAACAAACAACAGGCGCGCCAGCAGCGGCGGCGCCGUCGUCCAAAACACCAUCCAGUCGGCGCCUGUCCACUGCGCCACAUCGGCCCAGGCGGCCCACCCGCCCAGGGCCUGCGCGCAGCCGUGGGCGUAGGCGGCGUCGCUCAGCAGCAUGCCCAUACACAGCCAGCGCCAGAGGCGGGUGUCGUUUGGAUACAGGCGCAGGACGAUGGCUUCGACAAAGGCAAAGUAGAGCCAGCCACCGCCGAGCUGGGUGUAGAGAAAGGCGGCGGCGUCGCCCUGGUCGGCCGGGUAGGCGAUGGAGUGGCGGGUCAUGGUAGAGAGGUAGCUGUCCGGGUCGCGGAAGACGAGGAGUGCGCCAUUGAAGGCGAAGAAGGGCUCGAGGGUGUUCAACAUGAGCCGGUACAGCCAGUGGAUAGGCGAUGCGCCAGCGGUGGCGGCGGAAGUCUGCGUACUGGCCAUUGCUGGUGA